UGCCUGGAGAAUUCCGCCAAGUGUAACGGAACCGUGGAGUGCAAAGAUGGCAGUGACGAGAAGGAUUGCUUCCACAAAUGCCAGGACAAUCAGUUCCAGUGUGCAAACGACCAGUGUGUCGACAUCAACAACAAAUGUGACGGGGCAAACGAUUGUGGGGACGGCUCGGACGAACAAAAUUGCUGCCACCUGGAGUAUUUCAAAUGCCUGACCACUGGCAAGUGCCUACCCCCUCAGCACCUAUGCGACGGCACGCCCGACUGUUCCGACCCUGGCAUUUUUGAUAAUUCAGAUGAGAGUCAGUGC